GGCUUCUCUUUACUCUUUGCCACUUAGAUCAAGCCUAGUUUAUAUGUAUACAUAUAUACCCGAGCCUGUUGAGACAUUGGAGUAGCACAACUCACACCGCACUACAAUACACACUACACAUCAACCCCACCAAUCAUGUCUACUCUUACAGAGUUUACCUACUUUCCACAGCUUCCUGCCGAGCUGAGGAUAGAGAUAUGGAAGCUCGUGCCUGAGCCGGAUCGCCUCAUCGGCUGGGUCCCCUGCUCCAACUGCGAAGACAUCUGCAAGCAGAGACCAAACUGCCGGGAAGAGGAAGAGGCCAAGCCGCUCGCCAGACAGCAGUGUAUGGAGGAGAACCACCCUGACUGGCUGGUCAAGUACGUGGCACACCCACGCAAGAAUGCCAUCUUCGCCCCUCUCCACGCCUGCCGCGAGUCCCGCCAAGUGUGGAUGACCAAAUACUUUCAGCCUCCCCGGAACGUCACGGUCAAUGUAUCCGGGACGGAGAUUCCCGUCAAGUUCAACGUGCCUUUCCUCAACUACGAGCAUGACGUCUUCACAAU